GUAGUACCUGCUUCCGGGCAAUAGUAUUUACACCUACACCUACGUGGUUGGUGCUGGCGCUGCUGUCAACACACACCUUUCCUCUGACGACAUCGUGGCGGCAACUGGCGUGCAGGUACACAGUCUUCCUCUAACGACCAUAAGGAGAAGAAACAGCACCAAUAUCUGACACACGAGGUCCUUUUGAGUCUCCUGCCGCCACGAUACUGAGGAGGCAAAACGCUGUGAGUGAGGAGCCGCCCUCGGGAGCCAGGCUGGGCGGCCUUCAGAGCCAGCGUGCCAUGUCGGUGUUCCGGCAAGAGAGCCUGUCGGAGGAGGUCAACAGGGAGAGUGCCACUUUCACCACCGUGGCCGGAGGUAGCGUGGCCCUCCAGUUCAAGGCUUCCAUUUCAUCCACUUCAUCCUCAUCCACGCAGACCACCAGCGAGACGGUUGUUCAGCGCAUGGUGGGGAUGGGCGUGCAGACCUCCGGUAAUUGCGAGGGCAUGGUAGGCGGCAACCCGUCCCAACCGCUAUACGACCAUGCCCCCACCACCUCCACCCCGUCCUCCGCGGCCCACGCCCCUCCACACACCUACCCUUCCUCCCACCCCGCCCUGGCGCCCACACCUGACUGGACGCUCGCCGGGAUCCUCGACGUGAAGGACAACACGGCGGGCCUCGAGGGGGAUCUGCGCAGGAAGGACCAGCUGAUCGAGGAGCUCAUCAAGAUGCACCCCAGCCACGGCCUCAACAAGGUGCGCGGGGGCGAGGCGGAGGAGGCGCUGCGGAGUGACCUGGCGGGGAUGACGGUGAAGGUGGAGCGUCUGGAGCAGCAGGUGCGGGACGCCCAGGCGGGCCUGGCUGCCCGUGACGCCCGUAUCACGGAGCUGACCCGCCAGCUGGACGCCCACAGGCAGGAGCACGCCCGCCAGGCCGCCACCAUCGUCACUCUGCGCCAGAAACUUCAGGAGGAGGAAGCAGUCACAGUGUCGCUUCGGGCAGGCCAGCGCCGAAAGGAGUACACCGUGGGCGCUCUCACUCGAGAGAACCGGCAGCAUGCAGACCGCAUCAGCGAGCUGGAGUGUCGCCUCAAAACCCACUUGGAGGAGAGGGAAGUGGCCGAGCAGAGGAGCGAGACGUCUCAUAAGCGGCUGAUGGAGCUAGUGCGAGUCGUGACUUCCUCCCUCAGCAUGGGAGACCUGGACCCUCAGGACGCUCACGAGAAGCUCUCCACCAAGCUCGCCGAGCUUGUCCAGGACUGCGCGCGCCUGAGGAGUGAGAUGGGCCGCCUGACGGAGGAGCUGGAGCAGAGGGAGGGAGAGGCGUCGUCGGCGAGGCAGACUGUGGCAAGACUUGUGAACGAGCUGGACGACGAGAAAAAGUCCGUCGAGGAGCUGAACAUGGCCCUGGUUGAUUACAGGAAGGAAAUUGAUGACCUGCGGACAAAGUUGCGAGCGGCGGAGGAGGAGGCGAAGAGCGUGCGGGAGAGGCUGCACAACACCAACAAGUCCUACAACACCACCCUGGAGGAGCUGCACGCCGCGGAGAGGAACCUGCAGCAGGCCAAGGACGAGGCCGUGGUGACGGAGCACCGGCGGCAGCAAACCGAGGCUGAGGGGCGGGGGUUCCUGACCACCGUGGCGGCGCUGCUCUCCAGCCCUGACAACCGAGUCGCCGCGGGGACUCAGGCUAUCACGGACCGUAUCCAGGGCCUGGUGGCCGCCAACAGGGAGGCGGCAGAGCACGUGGAGCGCCUGACCUCUCAGGUGACCAGCCUCGGGGAACAGUCACGACGUCACACUGAGCUAUACGAGACGGCGGUGAGGCGCGGUCGCCAGACUGAAGCCGACCUGCACGCCCUCUCCAACCGCUGCCGCCAGCUGGAGGCCGAGCAAGGGGCGGCGGAGGCCUCUCGCGAGCACCUCAUCAUCGGGAAAGAAAAGCUGGAGCGGACUUUGGGCAGGGUGGUGGAGUCGUUGGGUCUGGCCGAGAUGGGGAAGGAGGUGACCAGCGACGUGGAGAUGAUCAUGUGCCGCUGCCAGCAACUCGUCAAGCUUGAGGGAGAAAAGAUCGUGGAUAAGACAACGACAGUGUACCAGCUACAGCGGAAGGUAAAGGGUCUGCGAGAGGCGGUGGAGAGGAAGGACUUGCACGUGGACAUGUUGAGGCGCAAGCUGGCCCUGACCGAGGACGCUGCCAGGGCCUCGCGCCAGCUAGAGGAAGAAAGAGACGACAUCGUUGCCAAGUACAAGCGGCAGUGUCGUCUGGUGGAGCGACUCAACGCAGAAACAGCAGAGUCACGCCUGCAGCUGAGAGACUUAAAGGCCCAGCUCGCCCAGGCCGCCGAGGAGAAGAGCCGCGCCUCACAGUUGCAGAAAAAGGUGGACGAGUUGACAUCCAAGGUCAACGAGCUGGACGUCAUAAGGUCUCGCCAGCAAAAGAAAAUCUCUCACCUGAAGGAACAGGUCAAGGCGCAGGGGGAACACGUGUUGGAGGAGCGGCGGUUGACCGAGGCGGGUAUGGAGAGUGUGACGCAGGAACUGGCCCUCACCAAGCAAGCCUUCAGGGACGUUACCAGGCGGGAGAAACAGCUCUCGGAGUUCCGCAGGACGGUGGUGGAGCUGCUCGGGGCUGAUGGCGAGCCGGGCGUCGAGGGUGAUUACGAGGCCAUCUGCCGGCUGGAGCGGCUUGUUGGCGCUCAUAAGGAACUGACCGACCUGUCCCGACGCUUGGAUGAGAUCACGGCGCCUUCGAGGCCAAGCAGCGCAAGGACGUUGGCCAGCCGCUCGCCUCCGCUGAGGUCUCCCGUGCGGCCCUCGUCUGGAAUGUCUCCUCCCCUCAGGAUGGACUCCCCCUCCAGAAUGCCGGUAGAGCAAAGCUACCUUGACAUGUCGGAGGAGCUGCGAGCCCUGGCAGACGACGCCCACAACCUCCGCCCCCACAUCCGCUCCGUGGCCCGCCGCCCGCCCUCCGCCCAAUCCCGCACGCCCAGCCCCACCAAGCGGCACUCCACUGACGAUGAUGAGUCCAGUUAACAUAAUGAUAACGGUUUUUAAAUAGAAGGACGUAGUUGUUAUAUUUUAUCAUUAUUUUUUUUUUAAAGAAAGGGAGACAGCCCAAGGGCAUUAAAAAUAAAGCUGUAAUAAAUAAAGCCUUCCAAGCUCUGCUCCAACAAAAGAAAAAUAGAACAAGAGGCCAAAAGAGAGGUCAAUUUCGGGAGAAAAGGUGUCUUGAUAUUCCUCUCUUGAAAGAGUCAUAGGCAGGAGGAUAUACAGAUAAAGGAAGGCUGUUCCAGAGUUUACAAGCAGAAAGGAUAAAAUAAUGAAGAUGCUGGUUAACUCUUGCCUAAGGGAUUUAGACAGUAUAGGGGUGAGCAAGAGUAUUAAGUCGAGUGCAGCGGGGCCGUGGGAGGGUAGUAUAUGUAUAUAUAUUAUUUGUAGUUACUCAGGAAACGUUUUCUGUGAAGUCGCGAUAGGCUAUUUUUUUCUGUGCUGUUAAAGGCUUGUCAGUGAAAAAAAAAGAAAUAAUAAUGUAGUUUGAAUCCACAUAUGUAGCUACAUUAUCAAAACACUGAAACUGGAUCAACGUUAAUGGCAAUGGAUCUCGUUUGCCUUCACACAAAAAAACUAGUUCGUGAUUCAA